CGGUAAUUUCACGAUGCAGUUAUAAACAAAAUUGAUGAUGUUUGAAAGAAGUAGGAUUUCGAACCGUGUGUCGUUUAAAACAAAAUGUGGAUUAAAUACAAGCUUACGAUAUUCGUUUUAAUUAUAUUGGCAGGUCAAGUUCAAUACACUUUUGGCUGUCUUGUCCCGUCGUACAACAGAAAUAAGACUAAAGCCUACUGUUCCUACAAACAGAGAUGUCCGCCAGACGCCACACAUUGUCAUCUAGGCACGUGCUGUCUGGGGUGUGGUCGUGGUACCUUCGAACCAAGAAGCUCGUGCAAAACAAAAUCAGACUGUAAAAGCAGCGAUCGGACAAAACGUUAUGUAUGUAAGAAACCUGGGUUCAAUACAAAAAGAAACAUUCCCGGUGUCUGUUGUGAGAGUAAAGGUUAUUAGAAAAUGGGAGAUGGAGAGCUUCCAGAAACCAGGAGAACCUUCGAGACAGAUUGAAAUUUACAUCUUCUGUGACGGGUUUACAAUUAAACCUUUGAUACUGUU